AUGACGGGUCUGGGUCUCACCCUGACACACGAGUGGGCCCGUCCUCUCCUCGGUGAACUUGGUGAACAGGUCUGCUGCAUCUUGGUGAACGUGCGGGUCUCCUGCGACUUGGUGGCCAAGCGGAUCUGCUGCAAAUUGGUGACCGCGGGAGUCUGCUGCAGCCUGGUGACUGCGCGGGUCUGCUGCGACUUGCGCAACAACAUAAUCCUGGCUCGGCUCGACUUUGGGUCGCUGUUCGAGCGGUGGUACCAGAGUCGCGCCGUGCUGCGGUCGCCCUGGCCGGCGGUCCACAUGAGCGACGCGGCGCGCAUUGCAGUGCUGUUGCACCACGGCGGCAUCUACCUCGAUACGGACGUAAUUGUACGCCGCUCACUGGCCGCGCUGGACGAUGGUGCAGGCCUGGAGUCGGAGCGAGCCGUGGCGUCGGGUGUGCUCAAGUUCAGCCGCGACUCGGCCGUGCCGCGGCUGCUGGCAAGCUGCCUGACAGAGGGCUACGACCCGUACAACUGGGGACACAACGGGCCCGGCGUCGUCACCGAGGUGCUCAUCGAGGGCUGUGGCCUCCGAGACCCGCCGCUGACGACCACCCACUGCGGAAACUACACCAUCUACGGACGGUGA